AGCUGGCUCGUGAGAUGGGACUGCCGUGGGCCGAACACUGGGCUUUCCUCGGCUGCUUCAUCGAUCUGUGCAGCAGCGACGGGCUGAAGAUGCUGGAGGAGCACCUGAGCUUCACAGAGGACCGCUCAUCCGCAGGGCGCUCUGACGGAUGGUCUGGGGCGUUUCGUGAUCCAGAUGAAGCGUUCCCGGUGCGAGAUCUGCUGCAGGAGUUUGAGAAGGUUCUGCUGGAGCGCAGCGCUGACUCGGGCUGUGCUGCUGAUGAAGACGGCUCCAGCUGCGGCUCAGACGAGUAUUUCACAGCCGACUCCUCCAGCUCCUCGUUUAAGUCCACACACAGCACGACGGAUCUGAGCCUCAGAGCUCAUGUGUUUAUAGCAGGUUCACCGAGCAAGCUGGACAGUGAUGUUCUUGUUGCGCUGAGUGACGUGGAGAUCGAGCCGCUCUCGCAUCCCAGCAUCCUCCGGUGGAAGAACCACAUCUUGUCCUAUUCUCCAUCACAGCGACAGAG